AUGCAAAACAUUGCAGAAGCUAUGGAGAACACUCUGAACAUGUCUUCUGCCAUGGGUAUGAGCACACUUGAUGAGGUUCACGACAGUCUGGAGGAGAUUGCUGAUUCUCUCGAGAACAUGCGACACUCGACCAAGGAGCUCAAUGCUGCUGCCCAGUCCAUCGUUGGGAUGGCCAGUAUUGUCGACCAUCUUCAUGAAGUGGUUCACACCAUGAAGGCACAGAGCAGCCGCGAUCUCAAAAAGAUCAAAGAGUUUCAGAAACUCCAGAAGCUGUAUCACGAGCAGUUUCACUUCCAGACUCAGGCCUUCUCCGCUGCCCUUGUGGUCGCAUCGAUAAUUAUUAUUGCCUUUUUUAGCUACGUUUUUCUUAUGCGCGUAUGA